GGGUGUGAGGGAGAAGCCACCAAAACAUGAGCUAGGAGACGUUUCUCAAGAAAAUUCUGUCCACUCAAAUCUUGAUUCUUUUUUAUUGUUAUUAUUUUUUCUUGUUGUUGAGAGCUAGCUCUCUGCCAAUUUUUUUACUUCAUUUUCUUUUUAUAUUUUAUUUAAAUCGAUCCAGUGAAUUGAAAAUGAGACUAAAUAUCGCCAUCUUCUUUGGGGCUCUCUUUGGUGCUUUGGGGGUUUUACUCUUUUUGGUGGCUUUUGGAUCAGAUUAUUGGUUACUUGCCACUGAAGUGGGGAAAUGUUCAGGAGAACAGAAUAUAGAGAAUGUCACUUUCCACCAUGAAGGUUUCUUCUGGAGGUGUUGGUUUAAUGGAAUUGUGGAAGAGAAUGAUUCCAAUAUCUGGAAGUUCUGGUACACCAAUCAGCCACCAUCCAAGAACUGCACACAUGCUUAUCUGUCACCAUACCCCUUCAUGAGAGGCGAGCACAAUUCCACCUCUUACGACUCUGCAAUUAUUUACCGUGGUUUCUGGGCAGUGCUGAUGCUCCUGGGUGUGGUUGCUGUUGUGACCGCAAGCUUUUUGAUCAUCUGUGCAGCUCCAUUUGCCAGUCAUUUUCUCUAUAAAGCUGGAGGAGGCUCAUACCUUGCUGCAGGCAUCUUGUUCUCCCUGGUAGUGAUACUCUAUGUCAUCUGGGUCCAGGCAGUGGCGGACAUGGAAAGCUACAAAAACAUGAAGCUGAAAGACUGCUUGGAUUUCACCCCUUCUGUUCUGUAUGGCUGGUCAUUUUAUUUGGCCCCAGCUGGGAUAUUUUUCUCUUUACUAGCUGGAUUACUAUUUCUGGUUGUUGGUCAGCAUAUUCAGAUACACCACUAAUCAAACUGUUGCCACCAGCAUUUUUCUGAGAGUUUAAAACAGAACAUGUUUGUUUUUUCCAUUUUGUUUCAUUGAUCCCAGGAGAGAGUUAAUUGAUGUAAUUUUUGGUUGCUAUUUGACUUAACCAUUUUACUUGUGUUUUUCUCUACAAGAAGGUACUAGAAUCUCUCCAGACACCAACAUGUUUCUAUCUUACCAAAAUGCUGUCAAGGAUCUAGUUCUUUAGGAA